GGACGCGGUGAUGCGAGGGGGCGUUGCUGCACUCAUAGCUGGGGAUUUCAAUUUUGAGCUAGCAGAUACACCUCACUAUGUCCACAAGAUGACCCAGGCGGGGUGGCAUGAUGCAGCGAAGUGGGGGCUUGGAGGCCUGGGCGAGACGCCUGCGUGCCUUAAGGGCAAGCGCGGAUCUCGGAUAGAUUGGGCUCUCGCCAACGAGACCUGUUCGACCAUGUUGCGGGGCUACUCGGUGCAGAACGGCUUCCGGGAGCGCGAGCGCCAGUUCGUCCGCCUCGCGCUGUCGCUGCCUGUGGCCGUGCAGGUAUACUACCAGCCCAAGAGCAUGGGUCCGAAGGGGGAGUACGGCGCUCCUGGGCCAGACCAUGUGCCUCCAGAGCUGGACAGUGAUCCUGCUAUACCGCUCUUGCUGCAGCAGGGCAAAUUCGAUGCAGCCAUGGCUAGUGCAGCGAGCUCAUGGGCGGACCGCGCCUGGGAGAACCUGCUGCAGGGUCUGCGGGGCGCUGCCGGCCCUCUCUCUGCUGAGACGCAGACUCUGCUGGAGACGCUCUCUGGGGGGCCGCUUACCUUGGCGCACACGGAGAAGGUGCUCACGCUACUGGUGGAGGAGCACAGGGCGCAUGAGCAGAAGGGGCGCAAGAGCCGGGUUGACGCCUGGAAGCGAAGGCUGCAGGCCUCCGCUGCGGCAGCUCACAAGUGGGUCAAGGGCGGAGCCCAGCCGGCAAAAGAGGCAAUGCAGCUGCCCGGCGGGGUCUUCACGGCUGACAGGCAGGAGCAGCUUGCCGCAGUGCUCAAAGAGUGGUUGCCUAUACUGCACAAGUACAAAGACAGCCCGGAGGACCCGGCAGCCUUCCUACGCCUUCUCCAGCCCCACCUGCGCUCCGCAGAGAUGCAGCUCCGGCCCCUGCGCUGGGGCGACUUGGCGCAGGCAGCGUGCGAGACCCAGGCCUCCGCUUGCAGCUUGGCCCAGUGGCGACCCGAGGAGCUGCGCGCACUAGGAAUAUGGUGCCCUCAGAUAUUCAAGGAUUUGCCGCUGAUCCUCAACUACGUCGAGGAGACUGGACACUGGCCGCGCGAGCUGACCAAGGCGUGCGUCGCUCUGGCCCCCAAGGUGAGGUUUGCGGAGACUCUGGAGUGGCAAGAAGGGUGGUGCCCUGACGAGAUGUGGGGUUGCAGGCGACACCGUGGAGCCGAGACCAUGGCGAUGGCCAUCGCGCUGGACCUGGAGUCGGCAGCUUACGGUGGCGGCAAGCACGUGGCCGGCGUUUCCUUUGAUUUCAAGAAAGCCUUUGACUUCAUUCCUAUUGAGAUCAUGCUUCAGGUCUUGGAGGCGCGGGGACUGCACGAGAGGCUACUGCGGCCUCUGCGCGCUAUGUACACUGACCUGCGCCGUGUCUUCAAACUGGGGGGAUCAGUAGGAGAGUGGUUCCAGGCGUUCAGCGGAAUCAUCCAGGGGGACGCUUUGUCGAUGAUCGUGCUGAACAGCAUCGUUAGCUGCAUCCUGGAGACUUCUGGCGCGCGCGCGGCGGCUGGGGCCACGGAGCGCUCCUACGCCGACGGCGUCUCAGCAGUGACGGUCGCGGAGACGCCAGAGGCAGCAAAGGAGGAGGCCAGACGAUUUCACGGCGUCGUUCGCGCCUUCACCGGGGCGGGGGGCGGCGAGAUCAACCUCAAUGCUUCACCUUUGGCGAUGACUGUGCUCGCGGUGUUCCGGGGGUCUUGGCGAGACCGGGCGCGGAUGAUGCAGGCCACGCAAGCGCAGGCUUUCUUCGCGCAAGGCACCCGCGCAAUGGUCGCCGAUGUUGCGGAUCUACGCAAGGUGCGCACGGCUGUUAUUCAGGCGCUGUGGAAGAUAGACCGCUACUCCUUGAGCCCACUGGUCACUUUCGCGCUGCUCGCCGCGGUGCAGCUUGACGCGGAGUUCGGGGCCGUCUACGAAGGACUCAGAGCGGUCAUGCGGGGGAUGCGGGUUCCUGCGCUGGCGACGACGCUCGCGGAGCGCUUUGGCAGCGUGCCGACCGCCCGGCGGGAUGGCCCAACCUUGCGUCUGCGCGUGCUUAGCCGUUCUGGUGUUUUUGGGCCCCUUGUUGGCAGGCUCCUGGACGGUGCCGUGGCGGACGAGCAGACGGAGGUCGAGUGGCUGCGCGACUUGCGGGAUGCGUGGAGACGCGCCUUCUGGCAGCGCUUGGUGAAGGAGCGGGGGCACCAGUGCGGCGGCGCCGAGGACGUUGACCGAGUGCGCACAAUGAUCUUGCACGACCGGCUCCAGGAGCAG